GGCCAUGGGAUCGCAGGGAGGCCAGGCGAGGGGCAGGGGCUGUGGGGGGGAGGGCACGGGGGCCACCCGGAUGCACUGGAUCCCGUCGAUAGCGAUGCCGGGGGGGGUGUGUGCCCUGCCUCCCCACCUCGUCCCCAGUGUGGCCUCCCCUUUAUCCCCCACAGCCCCUCCGUGUCUCCAGUGUGUCCCCCUGUGUCCCCCCGCCACACACACCCCGUGCCCCACCCCGGGACACCGCAGGCGGGUUCCUGUCACUGCCCCCACUCCCUGCUCCCCUGGACCCAGUUGUGUCCCCAUCCCUGUCCCUGUGUCCCCUUGUACUUGUCAAGCCAUACAUGUCCCUCCUUUUGUGUCCCCAAGUCUCCAACCCCGUGCCUCUCAUCCUGCCCCCAAGUCCCCUGUCCUUCUCCCCCCCCCUCUACUUCCCUCCCGGGUUCCUGUCCCCCCCCCCUCUUUGUCCCCAGUGUCCCUAGGGCGGGCACCCACGUGCGGCUGCGCUGGGGGCUGGCACUGCCACGGCCUGGCCUGUGUCCCUGCGUCCCCACGUCGCAUUUCCGUGUCCCACGGCCCUGCCCUGAGCACAGGGCACCAGGAGGCAGCGGCGACUGCUGCGGCUCCGGCAUGGGGGACCCCGAGGCGCUGGCGGCGCUCGGGGGAAGCGGGUGGGCGGGGCCUGUCCCUGGCCCCGCCCCCGCCCGGCCCGGCCGAGGUGGAGCUCACGUGGCAGGAGAUCCUCUCCCUCAGCGAGCUCCAGGGCCUGGACAUGGUGGCAGACACCCCCAUCGACCCCUCCCCCUUCUGCUCGGUCCCACCCCCGUCCCCUUACACCCCCCUCCCACCCCCCCACCUCCCCACGCCCUCCCCCCCGCCCCCCCUUCGCACCCCCCAUUCCCCCCCGCCUUUCCCCACCCCACCCCUACCGACAUCGUUCCCGGCCGAGCCGCCUGCCCACCCAGCCGCUCGCCGGGAUGCCCGGCGGGCCUCAGCCCUGGCACUGCCCAUCGGCCCCGAGGCCAUUGUCAACCUGCCCGUGGAGGACUUCAACGCGCUGCUGGGGCGGGCACGGCUGUCGGGGCCGGAGCUGGCGCUGGCGCGGGACAUCCGCCGCCGCGGCAAGAACAAGGUGGCGGCGCAGAAGUGCCGCCGGCGGAAGCUGGAGGCCAUCGCACAGCUGCAGGCUGAGCUGGGCAGCCUGGGCCAGGAGCGGGAGCGGCUACUGCGGGUGCGGGGGCAGGCGGAGCGGGCGCUGGGGGCCCUGCGCCGCGACCUGGCCCACGUCUCAGCCCAGGUGCUGGGGGCGCUGAGGGAUGGCGCCGGCAACCCGCUGCCCCCCGAGUGCUUUGGGCUGCGCCUGGCGCCCGACGGGGAGCUCAGCCUGGAGAGCCCCGGGCUGGGGGAGUGAGGCGGGGUCCUGUAUCCAACAGGGAGCGAGGGGGGCUUGGGUGCCAUCCUGCACACACCCUCCCCCCCCGCCUCCACGAGCCCAGGGGGACCCUUCGGUUCUCCCACAGCCCCACCGAGCCCAAGGAUGCACCCAGGGUCCUACACCCCACCCCCACCCCACCCCCCCAGUCCCAGGGGGCAUCCCUAUUGCCUCCCAGGGCACUCGGCCUCCCCAGCUGCAGGUGACACCCCUGUAGAGGCAAUAAACCGUUUGAGGAGGGGCCAGCCA